UCUUGUUGAUGUGCCAGUAGUGUUGGGUAUCCUAGUUUUUUCUGGCAUGGUUCUGCUACCAGUGCUUCUGCCUGUUGCCGUCACCGAUGAUGGUGGGAAUCAAACAACUAGUAAAGGAACUUUUAGUGAACUUGACAAGUUAUCCAUGGCAAACAUCCGGCAAAAGAGUAACCGGUUGUGGGCAUUUUUUAUUUGCUGCUAUUGGGUUUCAAUUGUUUCAUUUAUCCUCUUAUGGAGAGCUUAAAAACAUGUGGCGUGGCUGAGAGGUGAAGCUCUUAAGGCCCCUGAUGUGAAACCUGAACAGUUUGCUAUGGUUGUGAGAGACAUACCUGCUGUUCCCGAAGGCCAAACUCGAAAGGAGAAGGUCGAUGAUUGUAACAGACCACAAAAAGGCAGACAAGAUUUGGGAGGAGUUAGAAGGUUAUAAGAAGAAUCUCGCCCGUGCUGAAGCUGUAUUUGAAAAGUCCAAAGCAACAACCAAACCUGAAGGAACAAGAACUACUAGCAGGACUGGUUUACUUGGACUUUGUGGUAGUAAGGUAGACAGCAUAGAAUAUUACAAUGAGAAGAUUAAUGAAACCGUUACCAAGUUGGAAGCCGAGCAAAAGGUUGCACUCUCAGAGAUAAGCAACAAAAUGCUGCUAUUAUCUUCUUCUCGAACAGGGUUGCUGCAGCAUCAGCAGCUCAGAGUUUACAUGCUCAAAUGGUUGACCAUUGGUCUGUGUUUGCUGCUCCUGAACCCCGCCAACUAUUAUGGCCCAAUUUGACAAUAAAGUAUUUUGAAAGAGAGGUGCGGCAAUAUGUGGUGUAUUUCGUUGUCACA